AAGAAAAAAAUUAUGCCGCAGAGGGAAUUAGGCACGAGUUUGACCCCCUUGAGGCCAGUGAAGCAUCUCCUCGCCUCUCCUCCUCCAGGAUGGCCAUCGACAGCGUUUAUACUUCGUCUCCACCGUUUCAGAGCGGACCAUCCGGCCACUCGCGCCAUUUCUACCUUGCAGUCGACAGGCUCCACUUCAAAAUGCAAACGGUGAUUGAACUCGUGGAUCUGGUGGCUCGACGUCCAUGCUUGCCCAUCGUGGUCUGCUGCAGCACGCGCGACGACCUCGACUCUCUCUGCUCCUCUCUCUCCACUCUCCCCUUCCUUUCCUCUUCUGCUCUGUACAGUGACCUUGGCGAAGAUGAACGCUCUUUUAUUUUAGAGAAAUUCCGACAGGUGACGGCACGGUGGAACCAGACGAAUCACGGUGGAGCACCGAAUGAGGAUGAGAUUGGGAAAGAUGAGAGAUCUCACAUGAUCAUUGUAACAGACGCUUGUCUUCCUCUCCUUGCUUCUGGAGAAUUUCCUUUGAACGCUCAUCUUCUCAUUAACUAUGAGUUACCAGCAAAGAAGGAGACAUAUGGAAGGCGUUUGGCAACUUGUUUAACAGCUGAUGGAAUUGUUAUUAAUAUGGUUGUUGGUGGGGAAGUCGUAACUCUAAAAAGUAUAGAAGAAAGCAGCAAUAUUGUCAUGCAAGAAAUGCCUAUGCAAAUUCUUGACAUUUUAUGAAGACAAUAUCACUGCUUGCAUUUGUGAAUGGCUGAACACUUGAAGCUCUCUCACUCCUUUGAAUAUUCUGUGAGUAGUCACUGCUACAAAGAAAAUAAACUGCUAAGCUUUUUAUUACUAUUUUGGACGUGUAGAUUUUUUUGCUGGAUUACAUCUUUUAUUGGUUGUUUCAAACUAGAAUACAGAAAUUUGCUAGAAAAGACAAACUUAUUGGUCUUCUCUUUCUUUUGAAAUGUGAGUCAUAUAUUGUUCAACAUUGAAAGAGGGUAUUCCGAAUUUCUCUCUCUCUAUCUCUAAGAAAAGAUUAAUGGGAACAACUUUUGUAAUUAUGUUUUUAAGGAGAAAUUUAAAAGUGAA